AUGUGGCAGAUGGCUAUCUUGACUCGCUUUGAGGCGCUGCAGAAUUUCUUGUCCACUGACGAGCACCACUAUCUGAAGUCAGCGCUCUUUGAGCAGCACAAAGCAUUUCAAGUCAAUGCUGAGAUUCAGUCAAAAGAGGAUAGUAUCGAGACAAACAAUGGAGAAUCGGCGCAUCUUGAGCGGUGGACAAAGUGGAAGCUUGAGGAUGACAAGAUCCAUCAACUCACGUCGACGAUCGGCUCUGGAGCUGAUGAUAUGCUUAAAGAGCUUAACGCAAGCGUGGCCAAUCUACGCUUCUUUGCUCGGGGGAAGCGAGGUAUUUUAUACGCGGGCGAAUUGCGGUCGACAUUUGAGCCGGUGGUAGCUAAAGUGGCCACAGAGGUGACCUUGUCUGCAUCAGUGACACUAGAAGCACGAUGGCUUCGAGCGAUGAACCGCAUGGGAAUUGGAGCAAAGCUGAUAAAUGCAGGGAAUGGAUGGUUUGUAUGUGAGCGACUCCAGGGCAAGAAUGUGGUAGAAUUUUUAAAAGAGGGAGACGAUAUAUCCACACCAGCGAAUACUAUGUGGGUUUUGCGAGAAAUGCUGUGCCAGAGCUUUGCGAUGGACUGUAUGGGUGUUAGCAAGGAAGAGAUGACACAUCCUCACCGUCACAUUAUCAUACAUCGCUCGACAAAGGAACCAGAGCGAUGGCAAUGCACUUUUAUUGAUUUUGAAAGAUGCUCGCACACAAAGAAGCCGAAAAACGUCACGCAACUCUGCCAGUUUUUAAGCUCGCCGCGCAUGUUUGCUCUUUUGACAGAUAAAGGCGUGAAGGUGAAUAGGACCAUGCUGCGGCAGAGCUCCAAGCGCUACAAGCAGAACAUCUCCGCUAAAACAUUUAGCGGCAUUAUGCAAGUCUUUGGACUGUACGUUUCUGCUUUAGUAACCUCGUACGACGGUGUGUGCGUAUUUACGCACUCAGGUCGUAUUGAAUACCUCGACGGCUGCUUCCGUGCGUCGCCUUCCUCAUCCCAGAACUUCCUGGACGUAAAUCCAUUACAUUUUCUGGCCAUAUUUCAUCAACUUACGUGUCUGGCGAUUCAAGAGGAGAGAGCAACUCACGACGAUCAGGGUGUAGCUUUUUUCAGAAGUUUAACACCCGCUAUAAGACUAAGUGACUGCGUAUUUCACAUCGUGGCUGCCACCUUUACCAGCAUCUGUGCCGUGACAAGUGGCAAGACCCGUAGCCUUGUAGCAGAAAAGCUUUCAUUUGGCAUCUUGGUAGUGGCAUUUUCGACGCCACUGCGGCUCGAGACGGAAUUUGAUCGUAUUGAUCGUGCAUUGUACGUUAAGGAUGCGAACGUCACGGAGCAUGACCAAUCGACAGCUCAUCUGCUCUCAAGCUGCAAAGGGAUCUCUGUGCGAAAAGUCUGGCUGCCUGAAACGAAUCGUGGCUAUCAAAUGCUCAAGUCUAUGGGAUGGCAGGAACCACGCGGACUGGGAUCUGGAGGUGACGGCCGAAUCACGCCUAUCAAGACGACGGCUAAGAACGAUAGAGCGGGUAUUGGAGCACACUCCAAUAAGAAAGAAGCAAGAGCAGCACAUGUUACACCGCAAAAUGAGAAUUUAAUGGCAGUAAAUGGAUGUAGUGAUGAGAAAUGCGUACAAUACAGACUUGCUCGAAAACGGAAGCAUCCCCUUAUUAUGACAAAGGCGCAGAAAAAGUUGCAAAAGCAUAGGGAGCAACUUCGAGAAAAAGCUAUCAAACACGAGCUCUACAUGGAAGGAUUUGAUAGUUAUGAGGAGUUUCUGAGAUAA